AUGGGAUCGCUGAUAGGAGCUUCCAACACAUCCAGACCGUCAUCUUUGAGGGCGACCAGCCGCGCAGUUGAUUCAUUUUCGGCCAACAAACAACUUGGGCACGGUUACAACCAGGGAUUGGACUGGUGUGCUUAUACCGUGGGAACAAUGCGAAAUUCAACGCCCGAACAAGGAGUAAUUACCUCGCGGAAAGCGACGCGACCAUCUAACAUGACAACUAGCAGCAGAAACGAGAGAAUGUCUGAGCAACUGUAG